AUAAAAUAUGGCAUCAAAGAUCACAUUCUUUAUCCUCCUUGCUCUCGUUAUCGCUUCGGAAGCUCAGGUUUAUCUUCCUUGCCAUACACAAAGAGAUUGCGUACAAAUUCACUGCUAUGGCCUCCCAUCUUUUUGUAUAAAUAAGCAAUGCGUUUGUCCGCAGACUCAUCAAGCUAAACUCGACAGCCUUAAAACAAUGAGUAAUGCCCAGACGUGCAAGUUGACGAGUGAUUGUGAUCCUCGUAUGAGAUCUACAUGUGUCUCGGGCUCGUACGUGUGUUUUGAAGGCUAUUGUACUUGUGCACAUUAAUGCCUAGUAUUAUUAAUACAUGCAUGUUUCUUGCUUUUUCUAUCUUAGAAAUAAUUCCUCAAUGAUAAUAUUAUAACAUUUAUUCUGAAA